AUGGCGAUCUGCACGCGUUCUGCGGUCUACAGCCCGUUCAAAGUGAACGCAGCCCGCAUCAUGUAUGAACCAUAUUGGUUCGAGCAAGAUAUUCUGACAGCAGUCGAGACAAGGCAAUCUGUCAGCGGUGCGGUUUGCGUUCUGUGCUCGUGUCCGCAUUUGCCCCCGGACAUCAUAAGCGACGACACAUCAUCAGACGUCUCCGUCCAGGAGUUGGAGAACGCCACCCUCACCUGCAAAGCUACGGGACACCCUCCUCCGAAGAUCACUUGGAGGAGGGAAGACCACGAGCCUAUACUGCUGAAGAAACCACUGUCAAGAGAGUUUGAUAAAGUGGAGAGCUACGUGGGCAGCUCCCUGCCCCUCUGGCGGGUGGACCGGCGGCAGAUGGGCGCGUUCCUCUGCAUCGCCUCCAACGACGUCCCUCCCGCCGUCAGCAAGAGGAUCAUACUUUUAGUCAACUUUGCCCCUACAGUAAAAGUGCCAAACCAGCUGCUCGGAGCGCCUCUGGGCACGGACGUGAAGCUGAAGUGUUACGUGGAAGCUUACCCCAACACGAUCAACUACUGGAUCAAGAACAGGGGGGAGAUGCUUCUAGACGGACCCAAGUACACUAUCCGGGAAGAGAAGUCGUCAUACAAAGUGUCAAUGUGGCUGACCAUCAGGCAGUUCUCCAAAAGCGACAUCGGGACUUACAACUGUGUGAGCACCAACUCUCUAGGAAAAAGCGAGGGAACUCUUAGACUAUAUGAAAUAAAACUGAAUUCAUACUCAGAAGACUUCAGCAAUCAAAUCAGCGUAGCUGGAGGACUGACCGAACCGGCUAAGGGGAACUCUGCAAACAGCCAAGCCAUCUGGACGUUGUUAUUAUUAACGACAUACUUGUUCAUAUUCACGUAGUUUACAUAACGACAUGUAAAUAAAUGUUAAGAUCGUUUUAUGCUUUAAAAGUGGAACGUAAUUCAAUUACAUGUUUCAAUUGUUGUAAAUAUUAGACUAAGGAUGUUCAUU